AUGGAGCUGGCUCAGACACGGGCGCCUGUCGACUCGACCGGCCAGUCGCAGGCAGAGAGCCCGCCGCAGGCGUACGCAUCGCUCACGCUGGUCGAACUAGUUGAGCUGAAGGACGCGGUCAAGUCGGAGGUGCUGUCUCGCAAGGCACAGCACGCGCCGCCCGACGAGAUCGAGCCGGUCCACGCCAAGUACCGCCAGCUGUCGGCACUGGUGGCACAGCGCAAGGCGUUCGAUGCCACGGCAGCGUUCAAGCUACUCGAUCCGCAGCGGACAGGCUCGGUCUCGGCCGAUGCCUUUGUGGCUGCCGCGUUGGCCAUGGGACCGUCAUGGAUAGACGGACGGCUGGCUGCCGGUGUGUUCGAGUCGAUCGCUGCGCGUGCGGGGCGGCCGACGAGUGCGCCGCUGCCGCGGGAAGCGUUCAAGGCGUGGUGGAUUGCGCUUGACGCCCGCGACCGCACCGGCGAGGCGCUCAAGCUCGCACUCGCCAACUCACUUCAUGGCGUCCCUCCGUCGCCUGUCCCGUUGACGCGUGCUGGUGUCGUGGCCAAAAAGCAGGCGCUCAAGGAGCAGCUGGCGGCGCUGCGCGCCGCGCGGGCAUCGGCCGAGCGCAUCCUACCUGUCUAUCUCAAGUACAAAGAGUACGCAGACUUGGCAGAGUCUGCCGAGCCAGCGGGCUGGAACGAUACAUCGGCAGCGUCGUCGAGCCGGCCGCGGCGGGCCGAUGGCAUUUCGGCCGUCUUUGACGAGUCGCGACUGAGCCUUGCAGUCUACUUUCCCUACUUUGUCGCCCUCUACUCGACGUCGCUAGUGGCGGUCUCGAUCCAUGCCAUCCAUCUGGAGUUACUUCUCCGCAAGAUCCUGCAGCCGAAUCAUGACGAUCCAGUCCUCACCCGCAUCUUCCUCAUCACGCGGGUCAAGAUUCUCUCGUCGUCAACGCUGCUCACGCUCCUUGUGCAGCGGUAUGACGCACAGCUCGCGCCCGACGUCGACGAUCUCGAGUUUACCGCCGUCACCCUCCCUGCUAUUCGCUCCAAACUCCUCUCGCUCCUCUGUGCAUGGCUCGUCGGCUUUUACUCGGACAUGGACGAGGCAUGGUGCCAUCCACCGGCCGAGGUCGACUCGAGCUGCAUGGCGUCGCUUGUCGAGAGCGCAAGACCGACCGGAGAGAGCCAGACCGACGACGGCAGCUCGGACGAGCGCGGCCCCGUCUUGCUUGUCCGUGACGUGCUCCGUGCGUGGAUCGACGUGCUCGAGACACGGGCCAGCGAGGUGAGCGGCGAGCUGGAGGACGAGCUCGCGUUUGUCAUCCAGCUUGCGCGGCACAAGGAAGCGCAUGCGGCGACCGAGUAUAUCAAGCAGUACGACCCACGGAGCUUUGCCCAGCACAUUCCGCCGCCACUCCUCCCAGCAGAGCUUAACUCAAUCAAGUCUGUCUUUGAUGUCUCGCCGGUGGAGCUUGCACGGCAGCUGACGCUGGAAGACUACAAGGUGUUUUACUCCAUUCGGCCUGCUGACUACCUCGCCAAAGACUCUGUGCCUGCAGAAUCGACACAGGCGUACUCUGCGCGGUUCAACAAGGUGAUGACCUGGUUUUCGUCGCGGAUCCUGCUCGCUGAGAGCUGGACCGAACGUGCGCGGCUGGCGUGCAAGUUUAUCGACGUGGCGCUCUGCUGUCGUGGGCUCGACAACUACUUUUCGAUGCAGGCGGUCAUUGUGGCGCUGUCGUCGGCCAACAUUUCGCGGCUAGUGCGGCUGUUCUCGAUGCUUCCGGACACGUACCGGGAGAAGCUGCACGACCUCGAGACGAUGAUGGACGUGCUGGGUAAGUUCAAGAUCUACCGCAUGCGGCUGAAGCAAACAGUUGCACCGUGCGUGCCAUUUAUCGCGCCAUGGCUCGGCGACAUCAUCUCGACCGACGACGCGCAGGACACGUUUCUCGAGCCGAAUGGGCUGGUCAACAUCGACAAGCUCUCCAUCAUGGCCAAAGCCGUUGACGUGCUCAUUAAGCUCCGAUCGCCAUACGCCGAGUAUGCCAUCCAGCCAAUCGAGCAAGUGCUUGCGCUCCUGCAGGCUGGCGAAGUGCUCGACCAGACGGGCGGCCGGGCACGGUCGCUCGAGCUGCAGGCACGCGGCGCCAAGCCCAAACCAGGCAAGCCGAUCAGCUACGAGGAUCCGACCUACGACCCAUCGACCCUGACCAAGGCUACGUUCUGGAACCAACCUGAGGGCGAGCCGGUGCUACCGGACAAGCUGGCAGCAGCGGCAAGCACUUCCGGGUUCUACGAUGGUGCCGGCGGCCAGUUUGAUGCUAACGUGGUGUACACGCCCGAGUCAUACCCGAGUCCACUGGCAUCGAUCACGCCACCGCCGUUUGAGCUCGACCCGCUGCUUAAGCUUCAUCCACUCGAGGUGGCACGCCAGCUGACGCUGGAGGACUUUGAUGCGUUUGCCAACGUCGCGCCCGAGGCGUACGUGGCGUACGUGGUGGGUGGCGGCAAGGCCGAGAGCCAGCCCCAAGUCGACGAGCUCCUCACCCGGUACAACUAUCGAGUGCGGUGGGCGACGUCGGCAGUGAUCGGGCAGGAGGCAUCGGCGGAGCAUCGGGCGUGGACCAUUUGCUUCCUCCUCGAGGUAGCACACGGCGCAAAGCUACUCAACAACUUUUUCACGGCGACCGCAGUGCUCCUCGGCCUACAGUCACCCGCCAUUCAGCGGAUGACCGAAACCUGGGCCGCCGUCCCGCACGCCAUCAAAGUCCAGCUCCGCGACAAGCUCUUGCCACUGGUGGAUCCAACUGAGAGUUUUGCAGCGUACUUUGCGGCCAUCGAUGGCAUGCCAGCACCACUAGUGCCAGCCAUCCAGAUCCACCUGCAGGUUAUGACGGCUCAGGUGACCAACGCGGCGGCGGACGGCAGCGCCGAGGAGCGCGCCAGCGUGCUGGCGGACCACGUGCCGCAGCUCUCGGCAAUGUCCGAGUUCUCGUACCACUUGCACCGAGUCGAGCCGAUCAUGGCGGUCAUCAACUCGAUCUACGUCCACAACCAUGCCAACGUCUCGUACGCGCGGUCACUGAUGCUGGAAGACGCGCCACCGCCCCGCGGCUCGUUCUCGGCCAAGCCGGUGCCGUACGAGCGUGUGCUGGGCAACCAGCCGGUGUAG